GGCAGGGGUGCUGAGGGCAAUCGGAGUCUUUAGCUACUGACUGCCCUGUGCUUUCUUCUCAUGUCUGUGCAGGUGGUGAUUUGCAGCACCCCAUCCUCCCAUGCUCCAGCUCCACAUCCCAGCCCAGCUGCAGGCACCUGGCUCUCCUCCCCGCGCGCUGAGCUCGCUGCUGACUGCCGUACGCUGCUUUGCUGCAGAUGGCACCUCAUGGUCUUCCAGAUGCCACUGUUUCUCCCCACCCCACGCCUUCCAGCUUUAUGCUUAAGGACUUGUACUUCUGGAAAGAGCAGCCUGCUCCUGCUCCCUGCUGUGUCUGACCACCAGGCGUUCUGCUGCAGGGAGCUGAAUACACGCCAGCAAGCACACCGCUGUCUGUCCCCAACAACCCCAGGCUUCAGCAAACCACAGCGCUUUGCCUGCAAGCCUCCAGCUGUCUGUGUGCUGCAAUCUGCCCUUGUGGGAUGGAGGUCAGAUGGGGGGACGGGGUGCAGCAAGGUGGGAGCGGUGAAAACGAUCUCUCUUCUCUUUGCAGGUUCCUUCCCUGCAGGUGGGGGCUCGGUCCUGCCCUGCAGUGCUCAGUCCCAGUCCCACUCUGGGCAGCAGUGCCCAGCGUGCUGGGCUGCCUCUGAGGAGGGAAAUGGGGCAGUUAAAGCUUCCCUGAGGGCUGCAGGGAUCUCUGCUUUGACAGGCUUUAACAGAGUCUCCCUGUGGAGUACUGAGCUGUGCUCCACGGACCGGAUUAAGGUUGGUUUGACACGUUUAAUGGCCACAACGGGCACAGAGCAUUCCUCAUCUGCCUGCAGCCCCUGCGACGCCGCGGGAUGGCCGGGUAUUGUUGCUGCAGCUGGUGUUGUGAAUCAGGCCGACGGCAAGCGCUUCCUACUAUCCGGCUAUUUCACUACACCAGGGUUGCAUCAUACCACUUCCUUCACCCGCCUCCUGGAGCCUCCGUGCCUCUCCCGGAGCAUCUUGCUGCUGCGCCUGGCCUCUGAUUCGUGAGAGGCUCUGAUCUGUGCCGUCUGGGACAAGUUUGUGUUUUCUGAUGGGAUAAUGAGCUUCUAAAAUAAAGCUGUGGCUUCGAGGCA